AUGGAAUCUACGUCAGAUGAUCCAUACGAGCUCGCCACAGAGCAUUCAGAGCUAACUCUGUUCGUAGUGGCACUCUUUCUUGAGACACUGUUUUUCGGCGCGUUCACGGUCACCUAUACGAUGGGAUCAUGCUCCUUAUCAACGACAAUUGCCUCGAGGAAGCACUCGACGCGGGACUGGGUUUUGCUGGGUGUGAGCACAACUAUGUUUGGGCUUGCCUUCACGCAUAUCGCGCUCACACUGAGGUUAGCGCUCCACCUCUUCGUGGGGAUAUCUGCAAGUCUUGCGACUAUCGACGACGAGUUAUAUGGCAUUUCCAUCCGGAGUGCUCUAGGGGCUCCCAGGGCCGGGAUAUACGUCACGCAGAUACUGAUCGGGGACAUAUUCAUGAUAUACAGGCUCUUUCUUGUGUGGAAUCGCAGCCUCAAAGUCAUCAUUCUCCCCACUAUAUUUUGCCUUUUGGGUGGCGGUCUCAUAAUGUGGCGGGUGGUGCGGAACGCGGACCAGUAUACGUCCCGUUCAGCGCGGCGCAAUCUAUAUCGGAAGGUGGUCGAAGCUAUUCUGCAGUCUAUAACUGCAUCUGUCGCUCUGUGCAUCAUACUUUUCGUCAAUCCCGACAUCGGUUUCAUUGUGUGCACGAGCGCAUUCCCAUCUCUGAUCUAUGUGAGAAAGGUCUGGGACGGGUGGAGGGGGUGCACGAUCUCAACGACAUCUUACGAACCAAGAACGAUUGCUUUUGUAAACGCACUGCUAUAUCUCUUGACUAUUCAAAUAUUCAACACCGCAAACCAUCGGCUGCUCUCCGCCGCGAUAUACUCCACGGCGUCGGUCGCUCUGGCGCUCACCUUCUUCCUCAAUCCCCACAACAAGCCUGGCUUCCUGGUGUGCCUCGAUCUGUUCCCACCGCUCAUCGCGACAGGUAGCAGCAAUGAAAGCACAAACAGUUUCAAACCUGCGAAGCUCAACCUGCGGAAUAGCGAGCUCGCUGAGGAUCGCGACCUGAAAGGCCCACCGAGAGAGGAUGACCUCGGCGUGUUGGAUAUACGCGCGUCGAAGUCUUCGUGGAAUAUGUGA